CUUAUAUUUGAUCAAUUUUUGGAUGGAGCAUGGCCCACAUUUACUAAGCUUCCGCCUACAGUAUUUCAGCAAAUGUUUCGUGCUUUUGGGAAAUACUAUCGGUGGGAUUCGGUAAAUGAUGGAAUGAUCGAGAGUGGAUUUAGAAGUGUGGUGCAAGAUCGUUAUUCAGACAUAAUGAGUGAAUAUCGACAUGAAUCUGCAAAUAGAGCUCGAGCGGCCGGUCACAACAUCCCGAACACAAAUAAUGACUUUGCAAUCAUGCGUGAUUUUGAGCCUAUUAGUUUCAAUGAGGACGUAUGGAAGGAUUUGUGUAAAUAUUGGGACACAGAUGCUUGGAGAAAGAAGUCAGUGGCCGGGAGAGCCAACCGUAUGAGCGGUGACGACACCGGUACAGUUUCGAGACAUACAGGGGGAUCCAGGGGUUAUGAUCAGUAUCGACUGGAAUUGCAAAAGGAAUUGAAGCGUAUCCCUACAUUUUUGGAACUUUUUCUUAUUACCCACCUUACUGCAGAGGCCAAGAAAAAAUUCAAGGCUAAAGAUUAUGAUACAAUUCAAGAGUUGGAGUUUUGUACACCUACUGCUAGAGCAAUAUGUGAGAGAUACACUAGUGCCAUGGUUGAAAAGUACGGGGAGGACCUAACUCAACAUCCAGAGGGUGAUGUUGACUUGUGGGUGCAAGCACAAGAAGGGAGAGGCAAGUGCAGACGUAUUUACGGGGUAGGAAGUUCAGAUCUACAUUUCGUUGUCACGGGGACAUCAUCCAAUGGGAACAAACCGACCUCUUCUGAGUACCAGCAGUCACAACAGCGGGUCCAGGAAUUGGAAGAAGCUCAUGCCGAAUUGGCCCGACAAAAUGGUGAAAUGGCCAAAAGACAAGCACAAAUGGAAAAACAAAUGGCGGAAAUGGUCGAGUUCAUGAGACGAUAUGACACUAAUAACUGUCCCAACAAUCCAUCUAAUCCAUCGAAUGCUCCUUAGGUUAUUUGUUGUAAACGUUUGUACGGUUUUAAGACUUCUAUAUUAUCUUUUUGGUUUACACAAUUGUUGAAACUUAUGUUCUAAAGUGUAAACGUUUGUAUGACUUUUUGAUAUAUGGAAUGAACUAAGUUUUUUUGUAUUAGUUCUUUUUCUGCAUUUUAGGCUAAAUUUUUUGGUUUUUUUGUUUUUUAUUUUUUUACAGCUGCAUUGUUCCUAGGAAAUUCCUAGGAACUUCUGUCAUGAACAAGUGUCACAAAAAGCUGUCAAGAAAGUUUCCUAAAAGGUUCCACAGAAAAAAAUUUCCUCGGAGAUCCCUCAAAAACAAUCCUUGGAAAUUCGUCAGAAAUAAACUUCCUUGGAAAUUCGUCGGAAAUAAACAUCCUUGGAAAUUCCUCGAAAAUAAAUUUCCUCGGAAAUUCAUCGGAAAUAAACUUCCU